AUGAGCUCUCCAUGUUCAGCAUCGGGCAGCUGCUCCGUGUCAGUUUCCUCAGCAUCGGCCAGCAGCUCGCCCUCCUCCGGCAAAGCAUCCAGCAAAGAGUCGAUUCUCGCCGCUCAUCUGGCUCUCCUGAGCCUCGACGGCACAAACGAAGACGCAGAGGAGCUGGCUGCCACUCCCAUCUUCACCCAAGCAGUUCUUGACUACGGAGCGGAGCUCAAGGCCAACGGCAAAGCAGAGCCGUUUGCCCAGUACGGCCUCCUCGCAGGCAUCCUCGAAGAGAGCGAUGCUGCUACCAUCAAGAAAACCCCUUCAGCUCACGCCGAGAAAGACGUCCGUUUGUUCUUCAACACGACGGCCCCCUCUAGCGUCUUCAUAUGUGGCAGUCAGGGGUCUGGCAAAAGCCAUUCUCUGAGCUGUCUGCUGGAGAACUUCCUGACACAGUCCAAGGCAAAUGUCUUGCCUCGCCCUUUGACAGGCAUCGUAUUCCAUUACGAUCCGUUUGGUGGCUCGCCCUGCGAGGCGGCCUAUCUGGCUUCAGCCAAGGACAUCUCGGUGAGGGUUCUUUGUGCCCCUACCAAUAUCCGAGAUAUCAAGGCUAUUUAUGCGCAUUUGCCAGACGUUGUUGUGGAAGAGCUCCGCAUCAACCAGUCGGACCUCGACACCCGCAAGAUGAUGGAGCUCAUGGCCGUCAGUUCCGUGCAGGGCAGCAUCCCCCUGUAUCUCCACGUUAUUCAACGCAUUCUGAAGGAUCUGCGCAUUGAAGAGCAGUUGAAUGGCACGACAUUCAACUACCGCGAAUUCAAAAGGCGUCUGCUUGACGAAACUCUGGCCGCUGGCCAACUCGUCCCCCUCCAACAGCGACUUGACAACCUCGAAAGUUUCAUGGUCAAGGAGCAAGUCGUCAAGGUUGCCAACAAGAAGGCGCUGCAGAGCCAAGGCAAAGGAAAUAGUUGGGAAUCCAAGGCUGGCCAACUCACCAUUGUUGACCUCUCGUGCCCUUGUGUCACCGAAGAGACGGCUUGCUCACUCUUCAACAUCUGCCUGGAUCUGUUUUUGCAGCACCGCUCAGACACCGGUCUUGUGAUUGCCCUUGAUGAGGCGCAUAAAUACAUGACAGACACUGUCGAGAGCGCAGUCCUCACAGCAAAGCUCCUCGAGAACAUCCGUGUGCAACGACACCUCGGAAUUCGCGUCAUCAUCUCGACGCAGGAGCCCACAAUCUCUCCAAAACUGCUUGAUUUGUGCUCCACCACGAUAGUCCAUCGCUUCACAUCGCCGGAUUGGAUGCAGGCGUUGAAGCGGCAUCUAGCCGGCGCAUCCAUCGCACCUUUGGCUGAUAUUGGCGACGAGGACGAAGACGACGACUACGACUACAAGGUCGUCAAACCCGCCCUCACUGCCCACGAGCUCGCAACAGAGCUCUUCACCAAGAUUGUCGCUCUCCGCCGCGGCGAGGCUCUGCUGUUCUGCCCCUCGGCCAUCAUCGACGUGCGCCGCACCGGGACCGAGUCUGAGAAGAAGAAUUUCUUCGCGAACGGCGGCGGCGGCGGCGGCGUCAAAGUGAAAGAUGAGCAUGAAGAGCGCAAGGGAAAUCCGCAGCUCGUCAAGCUGUCGCACGGACACAUGAAGGUUCGGGUGCGAGAGAGGGUCACUCGUGAUGGAGGACGAAGUGUUGUUGCUCGUUGAG